AUGACAUCUGCGUGCUGGGUGGAUCCCUGCAGUGAAGUCCAGGCAGAGGAGACCGGACUGGAGAGGCCACAAGGGGACGAAGCAGAAAGGGAAGAAGUUGAGGUUCCCUGUGGGGACAACCAGCCUGAAGGAAGCUUGGGACAGGAGGAGCCAGGAGGGAAACAGACUUUGUCACCUAAACAUAAUGGCAUGCAAGAAGCGACACCAGAAGGUGGGCUAGAGCGGGUCCAGAGGGAGAAGACACAGACUCAGAAAGAGAGGGAGAGGUUUCCCCAUAUGACGAUCAACCAGAAAAGCCGGGAUAGAGGGUCAGUAUCAGGUGCCGGCCCGAAGGAGCGAUUCCUCCGGAGGUCCUUCCCCAAGGGCUUGUUGACCUGCUCCUACCCAGACCGGUACAGGCAGCAGCAGGCAGAGGAGCCUCGGGGGCCUGGGCCUUUCUACUUCUUUGGAGGAGCCAAUGGGGCUGAAAUAGUCAGUGGUUACUGUGAGAGCAGAGGAUGGAAGAGGAUUGACAACAAGCACAGGCAGGAUUUUAAACUCAAGUGGUGUGAGACCAAAUCACCAGCCACCUACUGUAACUUCAGAGAAGGUGAACAGCUGGUAUACCAGAUUCCCAACAACAAGGUGCUCACCACCAAGAUCGGCCUCGUCAGCAGUCUGCGGGAGUAUGAGCGGGUCUGCAGCAAAGUCAACCACGGCCAAGCACUGAGGAGGCUGAAAAUGGAGGAGUUUAUUCCCACUACCUUCCGCAUGGAUGUGAAGGAAGAGAGGGAGGCCUUCUUCGCCCAGCAGGAGGGUGUGAGCAACAAUGAGAGUCACAUGUGGAUCUGUAAGCCAACGGGUCUGAACCAAGGCAGAGGGAUCUUUCUGAUGAAGAGCCAGGAGGACAUAGCCGCCUUCAGACUGAAGCUGCAGCACGCGGAAGACAGCAAGUCCAACAAGACGAUGCACCACAGGCAGCCCCAGGCCCGCAUUGUCCAACAUUACAUCAAGAGGCCGCUGCUCCUGAAAGGGAAAAAGUUUGACGUGCGCUCUUUCCUUAUGAUCGCCUGCACUGCACCUUACAUGGUCUUCUUUCGCCACGGAUAUGUGCGUCUGACCUGUGACCUCUACGACCCCAGCUCCAACAACCUGUCUGCCCACCUGACAAAUCAGUACAUGCAGAAGAAGAACCCUCUGUACAGCCAGCUGAAGGAGGACACUGUCUGGUCCAUGGAGAGCUUCAACACCUACGUCAACGACAGGUUUCGGGUUGCCAAGGGUCUGCCCAGGGACUGGGUGCUGGGCGCCUUUGCAAAGCGCAUGCAGCAGAUAAUGACCCAGUGUUUCUUGGCAGUCAAAUACAAACUUCACUGCCGCCUGGGCUUCUUUGACUUGAUUGGCUGCGACUUUAUGGUCGAUGAGGACUUCAAGGUUUGGCUGUUGGAGAUGAACUGUAAUCCAGCUCUCCAUACCAAUUGUGAGGUGCUGAAGGAGGUGAUACCCAGCACUGUUGAGGAGACGCUGGAUUUAACUCUGGAGAUCUUCAACAAGCGUCGUCUCAAUCAAAGGAUUCUUCCUUUGGCCAGUCAGAGGGACUUUGUGUUGCUUUACAACAGAGUUUUUCCUCCUGAUUUACUGCUAGCCUGCAGCAAGAGCGACACAAGCAGUGAAUUCAACCCGAAAAGCACCAAAAAGACUGAACCCAAAAGUUGGAUCACCGACUGUGGCUUUCCAGAGACAAUGACAACAUUCCCUCCUCAUUCUGGACCUCCGCUCUGUGGAAAAGAAUGUGAAGAAGAGCUCAAAGAGGACAAAAACAGCCUGGUUUAUGAGACAGAAGAGGAACUGUGA